UGGUAGCGUGUGGUAGGGUUGUUACAGUCGGUUCGGCGCGGGAGUCGCACGCGCAUACCUAUUUAAAAUUCGAAAUUCAAGUGUAAGCGGUCAGUGCUUGUGGUGACUGGUGGACCGACAGUGGACUGUAAGUGUAGUGAAGUGUUAGUGAUAAGUUUAUAAUGGUGCUGUGGCGAUGCGGGCUGCUGCUGCUGGCGUCGUGCGCGUGCGCCAGCGACAUCCUGAUGGUCACCAUGGGCGGCACCAAGUCACACAAGAUACCCUUCCUGGAGCUCGCGAGAGGGCUGGUUAGACGAGGUCACAACAUCACCCUUAUCAGCCCGUUCGCUGCCGACUUCCACUUCGAGGGAAUGGAGCAGAUCACCCCCGAGGGUCUGGCGAGCUUCGUCCGCCGCUACAUGACCUUCGACCUGGUGGGAGCCAGGAUGAGGGGGGAGGAACCACUGCCGUACAUGGAUAUAAUCAGAUAUGGAUACGAGGCUUGCGACGCGUUUCUCAACGACAUCGAAACGAGGGCUCUGCUUCGUUCAGGGAAGAACUACGACCUGGCCAUUUUAGAUGGAGCAUACCCUGAGUGCGCCCUCGGCCUGGUCUACCGGUUCAAGCUGCCCUUCAUGUACAUCAACACUGUGGGCUUCUACUCCGCUCCAGCGAGCGUUUCAGGAAGUCCAGCACCGUACUCCGUAACCCCAAUCUUCGCGAAAGCCUUCACCGACAACAUGGGCUUCGUGGACCGUGCUGCCAACACCUUCUGGCAUUUGGGUGCUCUGCUCGGCCAUGCCAUCAGCGUGACCAUACUCCAGGGUAUCCUGAGGAGACAUUUUGGCAGCGACAUGCCUCAUGUAUACGAUAUGGGGAAGAACGUGAGCUUUAUACUCCAGAAUGGGCAUUAUUCGGUGUCGUAUCCAAGGCCAUUCCUGCCGAAUGUAGCUGAGGUGGCGUGUAUACACUGCAAGGAACCAAAGAUGUUGGAUCCUGACCUAGAAGACUGGAUCGCCGGCGCCGGAGAGGCGGGCUUCGUAUACGUCUCCAUGGGUUCCUCAGUCCAAACUAACAAGAUGCCGCUGGCCGCUCACCGCCUCUUCGUCAGCGCGCUGGGCAGACUUCCACAGAGGGUGCUGUGGAAGCAGGAUGGAGAGCAAAACAUGACGAACAUACCGACAAACAUCAGGAUAUACAAGUGGCUGCCGCAGCAGGACUUGUUAGGUCACCCCAAGAUCAAAGCAUUCGUCACGCAUGGUGGUCUACUCAGUAUGUUUGAAACAGUCUACCAUGGAGUACCCGUAGUCAGCAUCCCCGUCUUCUGUGACCACGAUGCCAACGCUGCUAAAGCCGAAGUAGACGGGUAUGCCAAAAAACUUGAUCUACAGCAUCUCACCUCAGAGAAACUGUACAAAGCCAUACAAGAAGUAAUAGUGGAACCGUCUUACAAAAUAAACGUGGAGAAACGAAGAAUACUGCUGAGGGAUCAGAAGGAAUCUCCAUUAGAACGAGCAAUAUAUUGGACGGAGUAUGUUAUUAGACAUAAAGGUGCCUACCAUCUCCAAUCACCAGCGAAAGACCUGAACUUUUUCCAAUACUACCUUCUAGAUAUUGCUCUAGGAUUCUUUUUAACGCUAAUUUCAUUUAUAGUUCUUGUUACCUACGUAGCAAGAGUGGGUUUGCUGUGGCUAGCCGAGCUACUGAACGGGCAGCCCGUGCAUAAAGCGAGAUUUAAUUUGCUGAAGAGUACAAAGUUGAUAAGUACGACAGAAAAAGUUAAGUUAAGCUAGGAUAAGAAUGUCUGGGAAUCAGACUGGCAACUAAAGACUAGCAACUCGACUGCGAUAGUUAUUAUAUUAAUCAAUUUUAUCUUAAUGGUGUUAAUAUUAGAGCGAGGUUACACUGCUCCGUCGCGUUGCUUCUUCGGUAUGGAAAAACGCAGUUUAUGUCAUGUUAUGGCGUUGCCGCGUUGCGGCGACGCAUGUACAUAAUAUAAGAAGUUUAUAGCACAGCGUGUAAUUUACCCUCCCAUUUAUCUCCUAUACAUCGUUCCGUCAAAACAACGAUUCCGACAACGCUAAGUAUCAGUGUGGGUUGUCGAAUAUCACACAAUAAUUAAGACGGGUCCAAACGAGUGUAACGUGUAAUGUAAUUCACCGUGUAAUGUAACACGAAUUCUACUUGUGGACGGCACUACGAGCAUUAUAUGUAACGUUCGGGGUUUAUCCAUCGGCUGUCGGUUUUCGCGCGAGUACAAAGGCUCGUUUGGACAAUUCGCUUUGAGUUUAUGUGCCGUUCACACUGUUGACGCUAAAUUACACGUAAUCUUACAUUACACGUUACACUCGUUUGGACUCAGCUUUAUUUAAAAACAUCGUUGCAUCGUCGCUGCGGCGAAAUACCCCAUCUCAACGGAGCAACGGGUGUAGUGUAGUGACUGAGCUUAAGAAUUAGUGAUAAAUCAUUCGUAAUUUGUUUUUAAUUUUUGUUGUUUUUCUCAGAGAAUGUAUUGUUACCGUGUAAGUAAUACCUACCUCUUUUUAAUGGUUAUUUUUACACACAUAAAGUAAAUUAAAAAAGUAGUUUAUAUGUUUUUAACAAAAUUGUGGGCCACAGAUUUUAGCGAAUUAAUAUUUUUCCAGUUACCAAACAAUGUUAUAAG